UGACACGUGACCGCGAUGCUUUUUGUCCGAUACCGCCCCAAAAUGGCAGACAGCGACUCGGAGAGAACUCCGAACGACGAGAAAAUAAUAACGCCACUGCAGUUAGGACCGCGAGUCGUAACCAUCUGCAAGACCGAGACGGGAUUCGGCUUCAACGUGCGCGGUCAAGUCAGUGAAGGCGGCCCUUUGAAGAGCAUCAACGGCGAACUUUACGCACCCUUACAGCAUGUCAGCGCGGUGCUCGAAGGCGGUGCUGCCGAGGAGGCUGGCAUUCGACGCGGCGACAGAAUCUUGGAAGUCAAUGGGGUUAACGUAGAAGGAGCAACACACAAGCAGGUCGUGGACCUCAUCAAAUCAGGCGGGGACAAGCUUACGCUAACUGUCAUAUCAGUCACUGCACAGGAGGCCGAGCGCCUUGAGCCCAGUGAUGACUCUUCAGGAGUUUCAUACAUCGACUACAGCGAAAAGCGCUCGUUACCCAUCUCAAUCCCGGACUACAACUAUCUCGAGAGGUCCAAUGACAAGUUCGUGGUGUAUAACAUUUACAUGGCCGGAAGGCAUCUGUGCUCACGGCGUUAUCGAGAGUUCUCAGUUCUCCACAUGAACCUCAAAAAAGAGUUCCCGGACUUCGCCUUCCCCAAGUUGCCAGGCAAAUGGCCAUUUUCACUGUCGGAUCAACAGCUGGACUCGCGAAGAAGGGGCCUCGAACAGUACCUAGAAAAAGUGUGUGCUGUUCGAGUGAUUGCGGAGAGUGAUACUAUGCAGGAUUUUCUCACGGACAUGGACGACGAACAUGGUGGUAGUGCAUCACUGGUGGACAUCAAAGUGCUACUGCCUGACCGAACAACUAUAGUGGUGAAAGUUCGCAAGAACAGCACCACUGAGGAGGUGUAUCAAGCAGUGGUGGAAAAGGCAGGCUUGCCACAGGAAGUCUGGCGCUACUUUGCUCUGUUUGAAAUUGUCGAGUACGGCUUCGAACGCCGGCUGGGCCCCAACGAGUUUCCGCAUAACCUGUACAUCCAGAACUACUCGACGGCCACAUCUACCUGUCUCCUGGUGCGCAAGUGGCUCUUCACCACCCAACUGGAGGAGUCGCUCGCCCAGGCUUAUCCCUUGGCUGCAACAUUCUUCUUCUGGCAGGCCAUUGAUGAUGUGAACAAGGGACAAAUCAAACCAGGCAACAAACUUUAUGAACUUAAGGCACUACAGGAUUGUUCAAGGAAAAUGGAAUACUUGCAACUCGCUAGGACUCUGGAAGGCUACGGAGAGCUGUCUUUUCCACACUGCACCUGUGAUGCACGCAAGGAUGGCCAUGUCGUCUCUACUGUGGGGAUUGAUGGCCUCAAGCUACAGGCCUGCCGAGACGAUGGCACAUUAGAGGCACAAGUGAUAGAGUUUCCAUGGGACACGGUGGCCGAGUGGGAGGUUGAUGAAGAAGGCAUGGCGUUUGCAUUCCAGUACACACGACCUGACAAAAAGCCUCGCUGGGUGAAAAUCUUCACACCAUAUUUCCUCUUCAUGUUUGACUGCUUUGAGCGGAUACAAGAAGAGCGGACGUGGCAUACAGAGAAUGUGUCUUCUGGGUAACAGCCACCACACCCAUGAACUAGGAGAUGUAUAUCAAGGAGGAAAAGCUCUGAAGCGGGAGGGGGGAAGGGGGGAGACGGCCACCAUGGCUGAGCAAAGAACAUGCGGCGGCAUCGGCGUGCUUCCGAGGGGCUGCACUGGAAUCCAGCUGCACUGCAUGUAGUUGCUUGUUUGUGCAUACUUGUACAUAGGGGGCUUUGUACAUACUAGGUAUAGAGGACAUUUGGUUUGUUCAAAUGUCGAGCACACACCAGAUGCCAUAGAUGUGCAACGAGCACGCAGCAUCAGAGUAGUGUGCCACAGUUCUGCUUGAAGCAGUCGGCCACGUGUUCUGUCCAUGAGGCAGAAAGAUUCGUCGGUGUAUUCUUGAUUAACAGGCAGGCAAACUGUGGUUAGGCAGAACUUCGGUUAAGUCCCAAAAUACUAUUGCAGUCAUAACACUAAGGAAAGGAAAAAGAAGAAAACUAGUUUUGUGUCUGGUUGAGCUUAGUUUUCUUCAACAAUCCAUAACUGAAGUUCAGAUAAAGCUCAGUUAGCCUGCUUGUGUAAUUAAGGUGAGAAGAGGCUAGGGUGCCGUGUCCUGCCCUCUCAUGUUUGAUGAAGGAGUCGAUUUUUUGCCAUGUUUAUUUAUGUACACACCCACUGGCCUGAACAACAUUUGUUUGUUCGCAGUUUUAGAGAGACCAAUCUUCGAAGAAAAGGCAAUCAGUCUUUCUGCUUGUUUUCUGUCUUGUGCAGCUUGGCUAUAGAGAGGAAGUGUUCUUUUUAUGAUUCUUAUCAUCUUUUUUAUGUGUUGUUGUUGCAAUAAUAUGUAAGCUGCUGGAUUUGGCCCAAGUGAAUACAAGGCGAGGCACAAUGGUUUAUGCACUGUAUGUACAACAGUAGUUAGUUUUGCAGGUGAGGAGUAUGUUUUCUCCUCAGAAGAAGCACCGUUUGUUAAUGAUAGCACUGUAAUUUUUCUAGUCAUCUCUCUCUAUCUUUUCUUUGGAGGGAGGGGUUUUAUGAGGGAGAGAUUUGUCAUCAAUUGUGAAGAAGCUCCGAGGGAUAUUUUGGCACCGCAUGCCACUGAUCGCUGCAAUAUACAUAUACAAUGACUAAGCAUCUCUGGUGUUUAGAAAUUGGCGUGGCAGUUUUGAUUCAUUCUCACUAUGACAGUGCAUUUUUCAAGGAUUGUGUGUUUACUUAUAUCGCAUGCCCAUUCUGUCAACAGGCAUGCUAAUACCAGCACAAAGACCACACAUGCUCUCCUGUAUUUAGUAUGCUAUGCCAAUGACAUCUUUGUUCACUGUAUUCUACUCCAACGUGGAAUUUACUUACUAUUUGUUCUACAGGGGACCGCAUGUUUUUAUGCAUUUCAGCUACUGUAUACAUAUGUACAAUGAUUUUUAAAUUUCCCAGUCUUUACACUGGAUCAUCGGAUCAGGUACAUACAAUUUAUCGGUUUAACCAGGCAUGUUUUUACAAAUUCAAAAAUCGUGUCAUGUGUCUGUGCAAUUUCGCGAAGGAUUGUAUACAGUUCUACCGGCAAAGAGGCGUGAAGCAAGUGACCUCUAGCAUGUGCUGGUGCCUUGUACUAGUGUAAUUGAGCUGGUGUUUGAAUUCAAUUUGAAUUUUCCGUUCCUUGCUCUUAGUUUAGCAUUUGGAACCCUUUAUUUUUAUGUGUGUAUUUUGCCUCUUUGUGAUGGUCAGUUCCUUUACUACUGCCAUAUUUUUUGUCCCGUUAUGCAUUUGCACUGUUGGCGACAAGUAGUACAGGUGGGAAAGAUGUAUUUGUGUGCUGUUAGAAUUAGUAGCAGAAUGCGCCAUUGUAGCCAUUUGCAGCAUAGCACUUGGUUUCAGGUUGACUGCUUACGUCCGAUCUUGCAGGUUAUUUCAUAUAGGUCACCAGGCCUUCAAUUAGGGUAAGUGAGGCACUGCUUUGGUAAAGACAGAGUGCACUUUUGUCAUUUAUGCCUCGAAAAGUGAAAUGAGGUGAUAUUGCGCACCUUACGACUCUGAUGAGAUCCUGUUAGUCAUAUUGCCAUGACACUGUCAGAGCGGCCCUACACUGUACGUGAUAUUCUACAUUUCAUACUACUCUGCACAAUGUGCAUCAUUUGAAAACAAUGCAAUGCAAAACAUAAGCAUUCACCUCCAGGUCAUGUGCAAUGCUGUGAGGUGCAAUUUUUCUACAUGUUUGUACGUUUUCCUGUUGCUUGUACUUGCCCGUGCCAUUUUACUCCUCAGUGCCUGCCAUCAACCUUAUUUGACUUAUGCCAUCCCGAUACAUACUCAGUCUUUAUUUUUCUUAAAUGGUGGCAGCUGCUUAAGGCUAAAUAAAGCAAAUGAUUUGAAAGAGUUCGUUCCGCAUUCUAGCUGUAGAGAAUGACUACGAUCUGAAGCUGUAGUUGUAACAAGAUUUGAUGUGGUUUAGCUGUAAAAGCUAGCUAGCACAAAUGUUGGCAUUCCAAGAGCGUAAACAUCUGAAGGAGACAGCUCAAAUAACUGAAUAAAUAAUGGAGCGCACAUAGAAUGAUGUUUGCAGAGUGACCGAAAGGUUCUUUGUCACAUUUUUCAAAUAUUUUUUUUUCUUUAAGUGGACCUCAAUAGUAGCAUAUCAGCCACGCUGCUUAAUCUACAGUGAAGGCAAUGUGUGCAAGUGAUAAUGAAGUGCUGUAAUAACACAUGCCUUUUUUUUUAUUGUUUCAAAACUUGCUGAGCCUGUGCUACAUGGCCAAAUCCAGUGCUUUGUUUAUAGAGCAUGAACCUGCAGCAGUAGAAGCUGUCCAAGACAGGCGAGAUGGUCACUGUUCUUUUUGUUUGUUUCGAAAUUUCUUAUUAAAUAAAUGUUUAGUGAGAAUUGCA